AUGCAGAAGGAUGAGUCGCACGGGAUUGUUCAGAUUGGCACUAUAGAUCAGGCAACUUCUCAAAGGAUUACUAUGCAAUCUGGGUUGAAAUGCCAAAAGGAAAUUCAGGGAAACAGAUUUGAUUCUGUUGAGGCCAUGAGCGACUUUAGUUCUAUUCAGUCUUAUGAGAAAAGAGCUGAAGUGGGCUUAAAUGAUGACGGUGGUUCGUGCUUUCUGGGGAUCGAGGAUAUUGCUGAUUAUGACCUUCUAAACUCAAUAUAUCAUCAGGAAGAACUAAGACAUCUAGCUCAUGUGGAUUGUCUAGAUGACCUUUUUCAUGAUAUUGUAUCUCCUCCACUCCAAACAUUUGGAGACGACACCGCACUUCUUUCCAGCACCAAAUCUCAAGAUUCACGGCAUGUUGAUUCAAAUGCUGAGAGAUCCUUUACAUUUCCUUCUGCAUCACUAGAAAUUCUGAAGAGCUACAGAAGCAGGUCUUCUGCAAUACAUGGAAAGAAGUUUGGGGGCCAGUUCUGUGAUUCAGAGCAAUGGCCUGAAUCAACCUCGCCGUUGUCGAUAAACCAUAUCAUCGAGUUGGCUGCAGGGAAUUUCAUUCAGUUCAAUUCUGCAACUACCCCUGAUCUCACUGCAAUCAACCAUCCAUAUGCCAGUUCUUUUUUGGGCCUCCGGAUAGAGGAUGUUAAAGAUGUUCAACUUGUCCAGGACCUGCUGACAUGUGCGGAGAAAGUAGGCAAUCAGCAGUACAUCUGUGCAGGUAAGCUUCUUGAAGAAUGUAGUAAGCUGAGUUUUAGCAAGACGAGUGCCAUCCAACGAUUGGUAUACUAUUUCACUGAAGCUCUUCAUGAGAAGAUCGACAGAGAAACUGGAAGAUUUACUGGAAAAAAUAAGAAAUUUUCAUUCCACACGGUUGCCUCAAGCCCUGCUGCUGUUUCAUUCCUUAAACACACACCCUUUGCUCAGGUUUCCCAAUUCACUUGUAUUCAAACCAUAAUGGACCAUGUAUCGUUGAGUACAAAGGUUCAUAUAAUUGACCUGGAACUCUGGUGUGGCAUUAGAAUUGUUCUUCUGAUGCAAGCUUUAGCAUCAAGAUCCGAAUGUCCCAUUGAACAUAUCAGGGUAACCACUGUAGGAACUACAUCACAGUUUGAGGAGGUGUAUCGUCGUCUGAAAAGCAUGGCAGAGUCCUUGAAGCUCAACUUUUCUUUCCAUGUGGUCAUGUUGGAGGAUAUCUUAAAUAGUAGGAAAAACCUCUUUCAUCUGGAUCCCGGGGAAGCAGUUGUUUUACAUGCAGCUUAUUUCUUACAAACUAUGAUUCCCAAGCCACAUCAGCUGGAGAGACUGAUAAGAGCUGUGGAGCAAACCAAACCUCGGAUUGUGAUCAUUGCCGAAUCUGAAUCAAAUUCUAAUUCUCCAGUUUUUGUUAACCGUUUUGUCGAAGCUCUUUUUUUCUACGGUGCCUAUUUUGAUAGUUUGGAAGAAUGCCUGAAGAACGCUGCUUCAGAUAGAGAAGUAGUUGAAGCAGAAAUCUUAAGCCCUGCCAUAAGAAACAUUGUGGCAACUGAUGGAGAAGACAGAAACAUCAGAUAUGUCACCAUUAAUAUCUGGAAGAAAUUCUUUUCACGGUUAGGCAUGGUAGAAAUAGAGUUCAGCAGGCCGGCCCUCUGUCACGCGAGUUUAACCCGUGAAAAGGUCAACUUUGGAGAUUCUUGCACACUUGGUCUGAAUGGAAACAGUCUCAUAAUCGGUUGGAAAGGAACACCGCUUACUUCACUAUCUGCAUGGAGAUUCCAUCGUCGGCGACCAGGGAAAAAGGAUUAG